UCUCUCUCUCUCUCUCUCUCCCAAAACUCAAACUAACAAGAAACUCUCUCAACCAUGGCGGACGACGCCGCCAAAGCUCUAGGAAACGCCGCCUUCUCUUCCCACGACUUCACCUCCGCCGUAAUCCACUACACCUCCGCAAUCGCUCUAUCCCCAACCAACCACAUCCUCUUCUCCAACCGCUCCGCCGCUUACGCCUCUCUCCGCAACUACGCCGACGCUCUCUCCGACGCAAUCAAGACCGUCGAACUCAAACCUGACUGGGCCAAAGGCUACAGCCGCCUCGGAGCCGCUCACUGGGGGCUAAACCAGUUCCAAGAAGCCGCCGCGGCGUACACCAAGGGUCUCGAGAUCGAUCCCAGCAACGAGGCGUUGAGAUCAGGAUUAGCCGAUGCAAAGAAGAUGCAAGAGAUGAAGGAGAGAGCCAAAACGGCGAACAAGUUAGGGACCGCUGCGUUCAAGAAUGGCGACUUCGAAAGUGCGAUUCAGCAUUACACUACAGCCAUGGAGAUGGAUGACGAAGACAUCGCAUACAUCACGAACCGUGCCGCUGUUUAUCUUCAAAUGGAAAAGUACAAAGAGUGUAUAGAGGAUUGCGACAAGGCGGUUGAGAAGGGUAUAGAGCUUGGAUCAGAUCACAAGAUGAUAGCUAGAGUUUUAACUAGGAAAGGGACUGCUUUUGUCAAGAUGGCAAAAUGCUCUAAAGACUAUGAACCUGCUAUCGAAGCUUACAAAAGAGCUCUUACGGUGCACCGUAGUAAUGCUGAGGCGUUUAAUAAGAUGAAGGAGGCUGAGAGAGCAAAGCAAGUAUGGGAGCGGAGGGAGUAUAUUGAUCCCAAGAUCAGUGAUGAAGAGCGUGAGAAAGGUGAUGAGUUCUUUGAGAAGAAGAUGUAUGCUGAUGCGAUAAAGCAGUAUGCUGAAGCAAUCAAAAGGAAUCCAGAAGAUCCCAAGGCGUAUAGCAACAGAGCAGCUUGUUACAAUAAGCUUGGUGCUUUUCCGAAUGGACUAGAAGAUGCGGAAAAAUGUAUUGAGCUUGAUCCGAAAUUCUCUGGAGGAUACAUCAGAAAAGCUGAAGUUGAGUUCUACUUGAAGGAGUAUGACAACGCAAUGAAAACAUACGUACAAGGUCUUAAUCAUGAUCCUAAUAAUCAAGAAUUGCGCCAUGGUGUUACAAGCUGUAUACAAGAAAUUAACAAAGCUAACCGUGGUGAUGUUACUCCUAAGGAGUUGAAAGAGAGACAGGCAAAGGGGAUGGAAGACCCAGAGAUCCGAAACAUCCUCACAGAUCCUGUGAUCAGACAGGUGAUGUCUGAUCUUGAGGAGAAUCUGAGUGCAGCACAGAAGCAAAUGAAGAACCCAGUGAUUCAGAGCAAGAUUCAAAAGCUUAUUGGCGCCGGGAUUGUCCAGAUGAAAUAGUCUCAGAAGA